GUUAGAUAAUUAAGCUUCAGCUUGAAGGACAGAUACUAUGAGUGGCAGACACACUCUGUCUGUGAGCUUCUGGCCAUGUCUGAAGCCGCGUUUUGUGGCGCGUCUAACUAACUAACUAAAUGGCUGGAUGGGUGGACAACAGACACUAGCAGACUGAUUGACUGACUGGCUAACUGACUGGCUGCCUGGCACUGAAAACCACAUACAAGAACCGGGUGGAGCUCUGAGGACUGGUAUCCCACCUUUCAGAAGAAACCACGACGAGCCUACACUGACUUUGACUGGCAGCUGUUGACUGCUGGAGCUCUGACGACCGCACACUGCUGUUAACGACUCGUUUUGACAUAUUGAAUUAAAAUGCAAAAGAGCAUGGCUAGGCUAAGGAAAUUACAGUCACUCAAAAUAAAUUUGCGAGAAGAUUCCGGUAACCUGCGAGAAUCUAUCCGGCAAGCCAACCUCAAUAAGUCAAAAUUCAUAAACACAAAAUACAUUAAUUAUUCAGUAAAUAAUUUCAAAAUCAAGCACUGCAUACACUUAACACGGUUGUUUUAUCGGUGGUGGCAAAGGCAAAGGCAUUCGAUAAUGAGACGACACUUGACAUUUUGUCAAAAGUAUCAGUUACUGCUAUGGAAGGACAUUAAACUACAAUUGGCAAACGUUAUUGAAUUCGUUUUGAUAAUUUUACUUGCUGCCCUUAUGCCCUUGUUGAUAACAAUUGGAACAAAGGUCGCUAAAUCGAUGUUUCACUUCGAUAUAGAGCUGGAAAAAGCGCCAGGUCCUAAAAGUAUUGAAACAAGUUUGUUUAAAGAUAUUUAUUUUUCACCUUACAAUGGGCUUAUUGAGAAUCUUAUUUAUGAACUUGCUAAUAUCUCCGACUUUACACAAAUCGAAAGUUUUGACGCGACUGAGACACUCCAAAAGAACAUGAUUAAAAACCAAAAAGCAGUCGGAAUAGUGUUUCCAUCUGACUGGGAAAGUAUUAAAACCCUUCCCGACGCCCUAAAUUUUACACUAUAUAUGCCAGUCUAUAUAAAAAGUAAUGGGUUCAAAUAUUUCGAAUCAGGAUUUUUAUUAUUGCAAGAAAGGCUAUCACAAUUAUUUAUUAAAUUGAAGAAUAAAGGUGGCAAAAAUAUUCCGAUGGUGCGGAUGAAUCAUUUUCCUUACCCCAGAUAUGUGCCAAAUCACUAUGCAAAAUCAGCUAAAUUCAUGGCAUACAUGUACCUAGUAUCCUUUUUUCUUCCCUGCAUAACGAUCGCGAAGUAUAUAGUUGCCGAAAGGGAGAACUUGCAAAAGGCUAUAUUGAAUACAAUGGGCUUCAGCAACAGUGUUCAUUGGCUGGCUUGGUAUACGAAAUCGAUGGUGCUUCUUAUUUUAUGCGUGUUAAUUAUGAUAAUUAUAUUUGCAACUGGAACGGUUUAUGAAUUCAGUAACCUGCUUUGUCUUUUCGUCGUACUUCUAGUGUACAUUCAUUCACUCAUAUUGUUUGCCUUUUUAGUAAGCUCAUUUUGCUCUAACAGCUAUUGGGCCGUCACGGCGGCACUUUUGCUCUAUGUGGCCACGGUAAUUCCCUUUGUGAUUGUGGGCACGGAAAGUUCAAGUCUUGCGGCUCAAAUUGCUGCUUGUUUUGGAUUGAACUCUGCCCUGUUCUAUGUUUUGCAUUCCGUGGCCACCUUGGAGGCGCAAUCUGUGGGUAUCCAGUGGUACACCAUGGCAAAAACAGCAUCGUAUGGCCAUAAGAUGAGCAUAGUUGCCAUUAUGUUAAUCAUGUUUGCAAUCAGUUGGAUCGAAUUGCUGAUAUGCCUGUACAUUGAGAAGGUGCGACCCGGCGAGUUUGCAGUUCCUCACCCAUGGUACUAUCCAUGUCAAAGAAGUUACUGGUGUCCACGCCGAAUUGGUCCAACGGCUUUCAGUCAGGAAUCGUUUCUGGCGAAAUCAAGGAAUUUUAUUUUUCCAAAUCCAUUCGGACUGUCCUUCGCCAAUCAAAACGAUCGAACCCCAGCAGCAAAAGACAACAAAAUUGGUGUCGAAAUAAGGAAUCUGAGCAAAACUUUUGGACAUCGCGACGUGGUGAAGGAUUUAACUUUUAAUAUGUACGAGAAUGAGAUUACUGCUCUGCUGGGACACAAUGGUGCUGGAAAGACCACUACCAUACUGAUGCUCUGCGGUAUGUUGACACCCACUGCCGGAACAGCAGUAAUUAACGGCUAUGACAUCGUUAAGGAUCGAAAGCUGGCCAAAAGUAGCUUGGGCAUCUGUCCGCAGCACAGUGUCCUCUUCAAGGGACUGAGCGUGAAUGACCACAUAUACUUCUUUAGCCGUUUGAAGGGCUACCAAAAAAUAGAGGCCAGAAUAGAGACGGAUGUGUUUAUCGGUAAGCUCAACUUGACAAUGUUUAGAAAGCAAGAUGCCUUUAAACUCAGCGCUGGCAAUCAGCGAAGAUUGUCCCUAGCCUGUGCCCUAUGCGGCGGCUCCAAGGUGAUCUUCUGCGACGAGCCAUCCUCCGGUUUGGAUCCGGUGGGACGCCACGAGGUGUGGCGGCUGUUGCAGCAGGAAAAGCUUGGGCGCACCGUCCUGAUGACCACCCAUCUCAUGGAGGAGGGCGAGAUCCUCGGCGAUCGCGUCGCCAUUAUGAGCGAUGGUCAGCUCCACUGCCACGGCACACUAGGAUUCCUCAAGCAGUCGCACAACACCAGCUACACGCUAUCCUGCGAAAUGGGCCCCAAUUGCCGAGUGGGUAGGGUUACGGAGCUCGUAAGACAUUACGUGCCCAUUACCACGUCAAUUGUCCGUGGAUCGGAUAUUAACUACAAGUUGCCACGGAACAUGAUUGACAAAUUUUCGGAAUUGUUUGGCAAGCUUGAGGAUAACAAAAAGAGCCUUGAUGUCAUCGAUUUUGGCUUGUCUGAUUCUAGUCUGGAUGAGAUCAUCCAGAGUCUGGAUUCGAGCCAGGAGCGACGUCCUAAAGGCGGUACAGAUCCAGGAGAUAACGGCAGAGUUGAUUUUGGAGGCCAAACUGAGCCAUCGAAACGAGCAAAAACAAGGGCAGAAAAUGCUAUAGUGAUGGCAGCUGCAGAAGCGCCAACAACUUCACAAGAUAAAUCCCAGCCAGAGCAGGAGCCAAAAUUAAAAAAGGAGCAAGAACCGAAAAAGGAACAAGAACCCAAAAACGAGCCAGAACUGAAAAAAAAUGAAGAACAGAAAAAGGAACAGGAAUUUAAAAAAGAAGCUGAAGCUACGCCAAAACCAACAGAACCCGUUCCAAAAGAAAAAUCAACGAUAAUACCCAGAAGAAAAGGGAGAUGCCUGCGUCAGUGUGAAGCAAUGAUGAUAAAGAAGGCUUACUACACAGCCCAUCAUGUUUACAUAUUUCUGAUGGUCCUGAUCUUACCACUCAUAUAUUCUUGCAUUGUCCUUGCGACCGGCAAUUAUACAAAAUAUAACCAACAACAUAGUCUACCAAUUGUGCUUCCGUUGUCGUUGGACUAUUAUAACUACGAUAACAUGAUCAUCUUACUCGAAGUUGAUAAAACGUUGUAUGGAAGAGAAGGGGAAGCCUUUGUGAAAUCCGUCGAAAGCCCUGCCACGGUAGAAAAGGUAGACUCGAUUUAUUCGUACCUUGUUAAAGCUUCACCAUUGAUACGCCGUGAUAUCAAUCGAAAGUUUGUUUGUGGUGCUUCAUUUAACAAUAAAUCGGCUUUCACAGCCUGGUUUAAUAGUGCUGCCUUUGAACACUCGGCACCUAUUGCCAUGAAUCUGGUCUAUAAUGCCCUCGGAAAAGUAGUUUACGGAAACGGAUUCGAAAUUGUUGUAAACAGAGGACAGCUAGGAUAUCAUAAUGUGGAAGCUAAUAAGUUAAUACAACAACGAUAUAAGCGGCAGCGUAGUGUGGACAAUGAAACGCAAGAAAAUGAUAAUCCUGGUAUCGGUAGGGUUGGGGAAACUGUUACUUAUAAGCCUUCUAAAGCUGAUGCUUAUUUUCUAGUAACACCUCAGAUGUCUGUUGCACAAUCAGCCACUUUGUUAUUCGAUGAAAAAGAUAAUAUGAACAUAGUUUUCGGUGAAAUUAUUGUAAUAACUGCAUACUUAGCUUUGGCCUUGAGCAUUUUUGCCGUUUUUGUUAAGGAGGAACUUGUGCAGCAAAUGAAAUUGCAACAGGAAAUGCAAGGAUUAACUCCAUUCUUUUUUUGGUUGACCCACUUUUUAUGGGAUUUCCUGAUAUUUUGUCUAUUUAUGUUGGCUCUAACCCUUGCUUUAUAUCAAUCCACAGUAUGGUACCAAGUUUUAGUCAUCUUUUUGUUUAUUGGAUUCGCUUGCUUGCCAUUUAUUUAUCUCUGCAGUUUGAUAUUUACUAGGCCAGCUACUGCGUUCGCUGCUAGUUUUACGGUUCAACUGCUAACGGGUGGAAUACUAUUUGCCUGUAUCUACUUAUUGAGAUUCGUUGUCGGUUCGGAUGAUCCAUUUGCAAUAUUUGCGAUUUUUCCAAUGUACGUUGGUGCCUUUGGCAUUUUUAGAUGUCUUUCAAGGCACGAAUAUUGUGGCCGUGAAAUACUUCCUCCAAUCAAUCAAAUCAAAUGCAAGUUUCAAAGCACUAACGUAUUCUGUGCAUGCCAAGAGGAAUAUAAAUGGGCAGAGCUUUGGUUACUGCUGAUCCAUGGCUUUAUCUGGUUUUUCUUUCUCUGGAUUACGGAUUUUAGCCGCGAUAUCAGAAUUAUUUUUACAUCUAGCAAAUCAAACAGAAACUGGGAAGAAAAUCACAAAAACAGCAGGGUGCUUGACGAAGAAAAAAGAGUGGGUGAAAUUCCUAAGUACGAACAAGACGAAUAUCCCCUAAUUGUGGACCAAGUUAAAAAGAACUUCUGCUGCACGCAACCCGUCAACUUGGUAUCAUUCGCGAUGAAACCGUACGUACUGGACUCGGUACACUUUUUUGAAACCCAAAUAACUUUACCCUGCGUAUCGACAGCGGUGAGUGCUUCGGGCUUUUGGGUGCCAAUGAAGCCGGCAAGACAUCUAUUUUUCGGAUGAUUGUGGGCGACACCAGCAUGUCUGCUGGCAACAUCUACGUCAAAGGCUAUAGCUUGCGGGAAAACAGGUCUAGAGUCAAGAAACAGGUCGGCUACUGUCCGCAGUUUGACACUUUCCACAGCUUUCUCACCGGUCGCCAAGUGCUUAAGA